AUGGAUGCAUGUUCCACAUCACAAGAAAUACAACACAAGUUAAAAGGUCUUAAAAAGAAUAUUGAUGAUAUAACCAGACAAAUUGUGGAGUUGAACAAUGAACGACAACAACUUCAACAAGAAUAUGAUAAGUUAAAAUCACAGCUAGCAACAGUGCGUGUUCAAGAAAUUUCAAGUUGUAUGAAUACUUCAGCUGGUUAUGAUUCACAAGCAACAUUCCCUUGGACUUCAGAGAUUCAUCGAGUGAAAAAAGAUAUUUUCCAUAUUUCUGAAUUUCGGCCUCUACAAAUCACAGCUAUUAAUGCAUUACUAGAUGGUCGAGAUAUCAUACUGGUGAUGCCGACAGGUGCUGGAAAGAGUUUAGUAUAUCAAUUACCCGCUCUGAUUAACGUGAAUGCCUUCAAAGUAAAUGGACGACAAUUAGGCUCAGUCACUUUAGUGAUUAGUCCAUUGGUUUCCUUGAUGGUUGAUCAGUCGAUAAACUUGACAAAAUAUGGUCUCGAACCUGAUACAAUUGCAGUUUUAGAUGGGAAUACACCAUUACCAGAACAACGUCGAAUUCUUUCUCUUCUUGCAGAAAAACCGAAUCACAAAAAGGAUAUAACAUCUACUUCUAAAUUACGCUUAUUGUAUGUGACUCCAGAGAAGCUGGCCAAGAGUAAAUUACUAUUGAAUCGUUUAGAGAUUGCCUAUUCAACUAAUCAAUUAGCAUAUAUUGCUAUUGAUGAAGUACACUGUGCUAGUCAAUGGGGUCAUGAUUUUAGACCUGAUUAUAAAUUUCUACAUAUACUACGACGUCAAUUUCCAAAUGUACCAAUAAUUGGAUUAACUGCUACAGCAUCGGCUGAAGUUAUUGUAGAUGUACAGAAUAUACUAGGUAUUAGUAUAGAUAAGUGUAUAGUAUUAAGAACCAGUUAUAAUCGAGAGAAUUUAAACUAUUAUGUAGAACCAGUCAGUGGAUCCAUAAAAUCAUCUAUUAAUUACUUGUAUGAAUUAAUUAGUAAGAAAUAUGCCAAUAAAUCAGGUAUUGUUUAUUGUUUCUCUCAAAAGGAUACUGAAGAUAUUUCUUCAGAUUUAAAAAAGUUUGGUUUAAAAGUUGCUCCAUAUCAUGCUAAUUUGGAUUUUAAUUAUCGAUCAAAAGUUCAUUAUGAUUGGGUUCAUGGUCGAAUUCAUGUGAUAAUUGCCACAAUAGCCUUUGGUAUGGGUAUUGAUAAAUCAGAUGUACGCUUUAUAAUACAUUUUUCUUCAAGUAAAAGUUUAGAGAAUUAUUAUCAAGAAUCUGGUAGAGCUGGUCGUGAUUCUAAUCCAGCUGAUUGUAUACUAAUGUGGCGUUAUUUAGAUCUAUUUCGUUUAGCUAGUAUGGUAUCAUCUGAACGAACAGGAAUUAUGAAACUCUUUCAAAUGAUUGAUUAUUGUAUUGAUCCAGAGAAAUGUAGACGUUAUUUACUUUCAAAAAAUCUUGGUGAUACAUCUUGGUCUAUGAAUGAUUGUAAAAAUGCGUGUGAUAAUUGUCAGCGUAAAACUUCAAAUAUUUCAGGUACAUCUAAUCUUCUUCUACAACUAAAAAUCAAUGAAUUAUUAAAUGCAACAAAACAAUUAUUAUUUAAUCAAAGUUUAACAAAACAAGAAAGGAUAACUGGUCUUAAAUUAGUCGAUUUAAUGACUAGUCAUAAACGCAUACAAGAUAUUAGUCAACGUUUACUACUAUUAGAUAAUGUUAAAAUAAAACCGGAACGUGAAUUCUAUGAACAUUUUAUAGCAUGGUGUUUAAUUAAACAAUAUUUAAGAAUAGAUUUUCAUUUUACACCAUAUUCAACAGUUUGUUAUGUUGUUAACAAUGACAACUUGAUAGAUAAUAAUGAAGAAAAUGAAUUAAUGCCUUAUUUAAUCAUACGUGGUAAUAAACAACUGCAAAAGAAUAAAAAGACGUCAACAACAACAACAGUAGAAGGUCAACGGACAUCUGUUAAACGACAAAGAACAGAUUCAAUUGAAUCGAUCGAUCUUCUGAUGGAUGACUGA